AUGAAGUCGUUCACACUUGCAAGAUCUCAGGCUGCUGCGGAGCACUGCCAAGAAAUGAUGGCAGAGCCACAAGGUUUGGCACCAGGAGCAGAUCGGCUCCCUGUUCCAGCAAGGCUGCUGGUCACAGCACCUGGUAGUUCUGCUGAAGAGGCACGGCAAGCAAUUGCAGCAGCCAAGCAACAACAUGCCUGGGAGAAGCGCUUUCUCCCAAUUGAAGAAAAGGACCUUCCAGCCAUUCAUUUGUCGUCGCUGGAACCUGAUGGAGGCCUUGCGGAUUGGACAGAGAGCCUGAAGCUCCAGGCUGAGCUUGGUCUCCAAGACGAACUCUCCACAGCGCCUCAUGAAGUUCUGGAAAUGGAAGACUAUGUUGACAAGUUGGAUGCCGUCCACACCGAGUUGCAGGAGACUGUUGCUGAUCUGAAGCUGCGCCUUCAAGCUGCCAGAGUUUUGCUCCGGCAUCACGACCCCAAAGCAGGGUCCCGAUUCUGUGAGCACUGUCCACAUUGUUUUCUGUCCAACUAA